AUGAGGCCCCGGUUAUGUAAAUAUUUCAAAAUCCACAAGCGUUAUUCUUCAAAUGUGGCGAAGAAGUGGCAAAGUGUUGUUGGUUUAGAAAUUCACGCGCAGUUAAAUACCGAAUCUAAAUUGUUUUCUGGUGCUCAAAACACAUUCGGUGGCUUAGUGAACAACUGUGUGUCUCUAUUUGACGCCGCUAUACCGGGAACGCUGCCGGUACUAAAUAGGAAAUGUGUUGAACUGGGCGUAUUAGCAGCUCUUGCUUUGUCUUGUAAAGUCAACGAAAUAUCAAGUUUCGAUAGAAAGCAUUAUUUCUAUGCUGAUUUACCGGCGGGAUAUCAAAUAACGCAACAAAGAGCGCCCUUAGCAAAUGACGGUGUUAUACAUUUUCAGGUAUACACGCCAGGAGUUCACAAAAAGCCAUACAAUAAGACUUCAAUCAUCAAACAAAUCCAGUUAGAACAGGAUAGUGGUAAAUCACUUCAUGACGCAGAAUUAAAACAAAGCUUAGUAGACUUAAAUCGGGCUGGUGCACCCUUGAUUGAAAUUGUUUUGGAACCUGACUUAGAGGAUGGCGAAGAAGCUGCGGCUCUUGUUAAGGAAUUAGUUUUAAUUGUUCAACGGCUGGGGGUAUGUUCUGGUCGUAUGGAAGAAGGUGCGUUAAGAGUAGAUGCAAAUGUUUCUAUCAGACGCAAGGGAGAGCCUUUGUCUACCAGGACAGAGAUUAAAAAUAUCGGUUCCAUCCGUGGUGUAGCAAAUGCAGUGCGGCAUGAAAUAGAUCGUCAGCAAACUGUACUUGAAAAUGGCGGGAAAAUUGUCAAUGAGACUAGAAUGUGGGAUGCCACAGCUAAGGUCACAGUGCCUAUGCGAGACAAAGAAGUAGUCCAAGAUUAUAGGUAUAUGCCAGAACCGAAUCUUCCACCGCUCCGACUCAAUUUAACCACCAGAGAAGAUACACAAGACGUUAUAAGUGUACCACUAGUCAAAGACAAGAUUCCCGAACUACCCGCAGAAAGCAGAACGAAACUAGUCCAUGACUUUGAACUCCGCCCAGAAAUAGCCAUACAGCUUGUAAACGAAUCGACUCUUUUGGGUUUCUUCAACGAAUUGACCGCAGAUAAACAGAGAAAUCCAACAAAAGUCGCAAAUAUUCUGCUAAAUGAUCUCUUGACUGUACUUAAUAAACAUAAAAUUGAUGCAAGCAACUGUACUAUUCCCGUAAAACAAUUAUCCGAAUUAAUAGAUUUGCUGUUGCAGAAGAAAAUUAAUCUGAACGUCUGUCGGAGUGUUCUAGAAGAAAUUAUAAAUAGUCCGGACAUUUCUCCUUUAAGUUUAGUGAUGCAAAAAGGUUGGUUACUUCUCACAGAUGAAAAAGAAAUAACUGAAAAGUGUUUAAGGGUACUCGAAAACAAUCCAGCACUAGUGAAACAGUAUAAAAGAGGCAAAAUUAAAGUUUUGAAAACUUUAUUAGGAGAAAUUACUGCACCAGGCAUUGAUAGAACAAUAAGUGAUGGAGUUACGAGUGUUGGAUACAAUUUAGUAUACGGUGACGAAGACUUUGCAGUAAUCAAUGAAGUGGUUAAGGAUGAAGAGAAAAUGAAUGCUCUAAAGAGUAAAAUCAACUUGAACGAGCAUCUACCACCGCUUCCAGCUCAGGACGUGAAAUGUUUAAUGUCUGUGGAUAAAUAUUGUACUAAAUCCAUGCGGGAUAUGAAAAGUGUUUUAAUAGAAGCAUUAAAAGACGACUGCGCCAAAUGUUCGAAGGAACAAAAGGAAAGCGCGGGAAAAGUGGUAGCAUCCAUGAUGGCGCACGAUCCUGCCGCGUGGAAGAUGUUCCUGACAAGGUCAUCACUACAAAUGUUACCAGAGAGAAAAAAACCAAAAGAUGAGAAUCAUAGAUAUAAAAUUAUAGGCGACCCAGAGGAAAUAGUGAAUUCAAGAAAUAGAUAUACAAAGCCGGGUGUUAAGGUUAGAGUAAAGAGAUAUGUAGUGGAAAGGGUUGAUUAG